AUGUGGAAUUCUAGAUCAAGAGAGUGGAUGUACAACCGGAUUGAUCCAAGGAUAAACAAUAUCUCGAGAGAAUAUUCGGCGGGUGUUGAUGAGUUUAUCGAAUUUGCUUGUUCUCAGCUGCCAAUGGCCAAAAGAGGUAAAGGUAAAAUCCCGUUCCCUUGCAUAAUUUGUGAGAACGAGAAGUCUUUGAAAGCAGAUAUUGUUUCGACGCAUCUGCAUGGAACAAAUAGUCAUUAUGAUACUGCAGAUUAUGCUAGCGGUAGUCAAUUAGUAGAGCAUGAUAUAGGGAAUGUAUAUGCUGGGAUGGCGAAUGAUGCAUUUCAGGGUUCGACGACAUUUAAUGCAACUGAUGGAAGUGGAUAUUAUGUUCAGGAAGAACCGACUCAUGAGGCAAAAAAGUUUUAUGACAUGUUAGAUGCUGCGAAUAUUCCUAUUUAUGAAGGUUGUCGUGAAGACGAGAAUUUGGAGCAUUAUAAGUUCUGCGCAAAACUGAGAUACAAGACUAGUGAUGGACGAACUAGAAUACCAUUCAGCCGUAUGUGGUAUUUACCUAUUGGUGACAGAUUGAAGAGGAUGUAUCAAUCACAGAAAACUGCAGCAGCGAUGAGAUGGCAAGCUGAGCAUGAGUCACAAGAUGGAGUAAUGUGUCAUCCAUCUGAUGCAGCAGAGUGGAAGAAUUUCCAAAAGCUUCAUCCUUCAUUUGCAGAAGAAAAGAGAAACAUUUAUCUUGGAUUAUGUACAGACGGAUUUAAUCCUUUUGGGAUGUCGAAAAAUCAUUCGAUGUGGCCCGUGAUCAUCACACCAUACAACUUGCCUCCAGACAUGUGCAUGGGAAGUGAGUAUCUGUUUCUUACGAUACUAAAUUCUGGACCAAAUCAUCCGCGAGCAGGUAUUGAUGUUUUUCUCCAACCACUAAUCGAGGAGUUAAAGGAAUUGUGGAGUAAUGGAGUGGAAGCGUAUGACAUUUCAUUAGAUCAGAAUUUCAACCUUAGAGCUGCUCUUUUAUGGACAAUCAAUGUUUUUCCUGCAUAUGGUAUGUUGUCGGGAUGGACUACACAUGGAAGAAUAUCGUGUCCGAUUUGCAUGGAUGAUACAAAGGCGUUUCAGUUACCGGCUGGUAGAAAGACAUUUUGGUUUGACUGCCAUAGAAGAUUUCUUCUUGCAGGGCAUUCACUACGAAAAAAUAAAAAAGAUUUUCUGAAAGGUAAGCAUGCUUUAAACGACAAUCCACCUCAAUCUUUGACUGGUGAGCAAGUUCUAUAUGAGCGUAUACGGCAUGUGCGACCUCCUAAAACUUCUGAAGUUGGUGGAAAUGGUCAUGAAGUCAAGGUCGACGGCUAUGCUACAUGGCAUAAUUGGCAUAAAGAAAGUAUCCUUUGGGAGUUAUCAUAUUGGCCGGAUUUGACGCUACGACACAAUCUUGACAUGAUGCAUAUCGAGAAGAAUGUCCAUAAUAACAUCAUGUAUACUGCUAUGAAUGUUAAAGACAGAUCAAAAGACAAUGUGAGGUCAAGAGUAGAUAUUGCACGAUUUUGUGAUCGGCCCAAAUUGCAUAUGGAUGAUCGAGGAAAAGCUCCAUUUCCUAUUUGGAGAUUGACGGCCAAAGCGAAACAAUGUUUACUAGAAUGGGUGAAAAACGAUGUUAGAUUCCCUGACGAAUAUGUAGCAGAUUUAGUUAAUUGUGUAGACGAAGAACAAAAGAUAUCCAGCAGGGCAAAACAAUAUGAUGCAGGUGAAGUGCCCAGAUAUCCUAUACCGGUACCGGAUAUAUUCACACAAGCUGGACGUCCUAGUGGAGUAAGUAGUGAAAUUUGGUUAAGUGAAAAAGUUUACAAAUGCGCACAUGCAUAUGUUCUACGGAUUUGUGAUUACUUCCGGCCGCAUGAGAGAUUGUUAGAAGCGCAAAUUCAAUAUGAAUAUCCAGAAUUGUCUGAUGAAGAAGUCACAUCAAAAAGAGAUGAAGAUUUUGCUUCCUGGAUUCGACAAUAUGUUAAUACAAUGAGAGAUCAGGAGUCUUUUCCUCCAUGGGUUUAUGAUAUAGUCGAAGGUCCUGAAAAUUGUGUCAUCUCGUGGCCCGUUUAUUUUACAAGAGGUUACCUGUUUCACAUCCAAGAUCACGGACGUACGAAAAAGACAAUGCAUUAUGGUGUAUGUGUCAAAAGACAAAACUAUUCAGAAGAUUCAGAAGAGGAUGAUUUUUAUGGAAUCUUGGAAAAUAUCAUUGAACUUCAAUAUCCAGGUUUUUUAGGAUUAAAGAUCACCCUCUUCUACUGUAAAUGGUAUGAUCCUACUAUUGGUAAAGGCACUCGAGUAAGAGAUGGAGGCAUUGUUGACGUGCUCGAAUCAGGGAAAUAUCAUAACUNGAUCAUGAGUCUUUUCCUCCAUGGGUUUAUGAUAUAG